AUGUCGGCGAAAGCCAUCUCAGAGCAGACAGGGAAAGAGUUCUUGUACAAGCACAUCUGCACCUCGGCGGCUGUGCAGAACCGCUUCCGCUACGCCAACGUCACCGCUGAGACCGACUGGGAACGCCUCACACAGGAGCACCCAUGGCUGCUGACAGAGCGGCUGGUGGUAAAGCCAGAUCAACUAAUCAAGCGGCGCGGGAAGCUCGGGCUGGUGGGCAUCAACCUAGACCUGCAGGGUGUCCGAGAGUGGCUCAAAGCCCGCUUCAUGAGAGAGACCACUGUUGGAAAAGCAAAGGGAGUGCUGAAGAACUUCCUCAUCGAGCCGUUUGUUCCACACCCACAGGAGGAUGAGUUUUAUGUGUGCAUCUAUGCCACGCGCGAGGGCGACCACGUGCUUUUCCACCACGAGGGCGGAGUGGACGUGGGUGAUGUGGACGACAAGGCCGAGAGGCUGAUGGUCGCAGUGGAUGAGAAGCUGAGUGAGGACCAAGUCACAGAGCAGCUCCUCAAACAUGUUCCUGAUGAUAAGAAAAAAGUCUUGGCCAGUUUUAUAGUUGGCCUCUUCAACUUAUAUGAGGACCUCUACUUCACCUACCUUGAGAUCAACCCUAUAGUCGUCACCACAGAGGGAGUGUACGUCCUCGACAUGGCAGCCAAGAUUGAUGCCACAGCAGAUUACAUCUGCAAGGCUAAAUGGGGUGAUGUGGAGUUUCCACCACCCUUUGGCAGAGAAGCAUAUCCAGAGGAGGCAUAUAUAGCUGAUCUGGAUGCAAAGAGUGGUGCCAGUCUGAAGCUGACCCUGCUGAACCCUCGUGGCAGGAUCUGGACCAUGGUGGCUGGAGGAGGUGCUUCAGUAGUCUACAGCGACACCAUCUGCGACCUUGGCGGGGUGGAUGAACUGGCCAACUAUGGCGAGUACUCUGGCGCACCCAGCGAACAGCAGACCUACGACUACGCUAAAACCAUCCUCUCUCUCAUGACACGGGAGAAACAUGCUCAAGGGAAAGUACUGAUCAUCGGAGGAAGUAUUGCCAACUUCACCAACGUAGCAGCCACAUUCAAGGGCAUCGUCAGGGCCAUCAAAGACUACCAAGGUCCUCUGAAAGAGCACGAGGUCACCAUCUUUGUUCGACGUGGCGGUCCCAACUACCAGGAGGGGCUCAGGGUCAUGGGGGAAGUAGGGAAAACCACAGGUAUUCCUAUCCAUGUGUUUGGUACCGAGACCCAUAUGACGGCCAUUGUUGGAAUGGCUAUGGGCCACCGGCCAAUCCCUAACCAGCCCCCGAUGGACCCACAUACGGCUAACUUCCUCCUCAACGCCAGCAACAAUGCAAAGACUCCAGCUACAACAAGGACAGCUUCAUUCUCUGAACCCAGGACGCCCAACGAUGUCACCCCGGCCAAAAAGUGUAAAGCAGGUCUUCCAGCAGACUCUCUUCAUUCUAUACUGUGGCCUCUGAAGAAUGUGGUCACAGGCGAUUGGAAAGAAGCGCAAGCCUCUUCAGGCUGCAGCGCAGCCAAAGCCACGACACUCUUCAGAAAACAAACCAAGGCUAUAGUCUGGGGCAUGCAGACACGUGCCGUGCAAGGCAUGAUGGACUUCGACUACGUAUGCUCCCGGGACGAACCCUCUGUGGCAGCCAUGGUCUAUCCCUUCACUGGGGAUCACAAGCAGAAGUUUUACUGGGGUCACAAGGAGAUCCUGGUGCCGGUCUAUAAGAACAUGGCCGAUGCCACGAAGAAGCACCCUGGGGUGGACGUCCUUAUUAGCUUUGCUUCACUGCGCUCGGCCUUUGACAGCACUAUGGAGGCCAUGCAGUUCCCACAGAUCCACACUAUCGCCAUCAUAGCUGAGGGUAUUCCUGAAGCUCAGACAAGGAAGAUAAUCAAGAUGGCUGAUGAGAAAGGUGUCACUAUCAUCGGCCCCGCUACGGUUGGUGGCAUCAAGCCCGGCUGUUUUAAGAUCGGCAACACAGGUGGCAUGCUGGACAACAUCCUGGCGUCCAAACUUUAUCGCCCUGGCAGCGUGGCAUAUGUGUCACGCUCAGGGGGCAUGUCCAACGAGCUGAACAACAUCGUCUCCCGCACCACAGAUGGCGUCUACGAAGGUGUUGCCAUCGGAGGAGACAGAUAUCCAGGCUCCACCUUCAUGGACCACGUUCUACGUUACCAGGACACUGAAGGGGUUAAGAUGAUAAUAGUGCUGGGAGAGAUUGGAGGCACAGAGGAGUACAAGAUCUGCCAAGGCAUCAGAGAAGGCAGGAUAACCAAGCCUGUGGUGUCCUGGUGUAUUGGAACCUGCGCUACCAUGUUCACUUCAGAGGUUCAGUUUGGCCAUGCAGGGGCCUGUGCCAACCAGGAUUCAGAGACGGCAGUAGCCAAGAACCAGGCUCUGAGGGACGCUGGCGCUUAUGUACCAAAGAGCUUUGAUGAGCUGGGGGACGUCAUCAAGACCGUUUAUGAUGAACUGGUGGCCAAUGGUACCAUCAUUCCUGCACAGGAGGUGCCUCCCCCAACAGUGCCUAUGGAUUACUCAUGGGCCCGGGAGUUGGGUCUGAUCCGUAAGCCGGCAUCAUUCAUGACGAGCAUCUGUGACGAGCGAGGCCAGGAGCUCAUCUACGCAGGCAUGCCCAUCACCGAGGUCUUUAAAGAGGAGAUGGGUUUAGGAGGAGUGCUGGGCUUGCUUUGGUUCCAACGCAGGUUGCCGCGCUAUGCCUGCCAGUUCAUUGAGAUGUGCUUGAUGGUGACUGCUGAUCACGGGCCCGCUGUCUCCGGUGCACACAACACCAUCGUCUGUGCUCGUGCUGGCAAGGACCUUAUCUCAAGCCUCACCUCCGGCCUGCUCACCAUCGGGGACCGGUUUGGAGGCGCUCUGGAUGCAGCUGCAAAGCAGUUCAGUAAGGCGUUUGACAGCGGCAUGCUGCCAAUGGAGUUUGUCAACAAGAUGAAGAAGGAUGGCAAGCUGAUCAUGGGCAUCGGCCACCGAGUCAAAUCAAUCAACAACCCUGACAUGCGGGUGCAGAUUCUGAAGGACUUUGUUAAGCAGCAUUUCACCUCCACCCAGGUGCUCGACUACGCCCUUGACGUAGAGAAGAUCACCACCUCGAAGAAACCCAACCUGAUCCUCAACGUAGAUGGUUUUAUUGGUGUUGCCUUUGUGGACCUGCUCAGGACGUGCGGUGGCUUCACACGAGAUGAGGCUGACGAGUUUGUGGAGAUCGGUGCACUAAAUGGGAUCUUUGUCCUCGGUCGUAGUAUGGGCUUUAUUGGACAUUACCUGGACCAGAAGAGGCUGAAACAGGGUUUGUAUCGCCACCCCUGGGACGACAUCUCCUACGUGCUGCCUGAACAUAUGUCCAUGUAAUCCUCACAUCACAGAACGGGACGCGCUUCCAGAUGUGACAGUUGGCAUUACACAUCUCGCUUAAUGUAUACGUACACUUCGGUUAUGACAACAGCGUCCUUGGGAAAACUGAGCAGGGUGAUUCUGGAAAAAUGGAAGUACGGUCUGUAUGAGGAAUCAGGGUAGAAGUUUUCGAUGUAGUUUUUACAGAGAAAAAAGGGGAAGUAUAUUUUUAGAUUUAGUUUUUGACAAAUUAUUUAAAGUCCGAGAUGUAACUUAUUCAGUUUUGACUCAAACCAAUGCAAACUGCAGCAAUUGCAGAAGCACAAAAUCAAUUGGUACUUAAAAAAAAAAGAAAAAUGGCAGGAUUCAAAGCACAUUUCAAACCCGACUCCUGCAUUUCGGAGUCUCAUUAGGUCAUCUGCAGUAACUGCUGCUGGUGUGAAAUUUGUUCAAGCUCAACCAUACAAUAAGAUAUCUUUUUUUUUUAAUACUACUCACAAAACUUUGUUUUAGGCCACAAGGAAGUGUGCUUGAUGAUGCUUUCUGGCUUUCUGAGUAUUGCACCUUAGUUCAAACACUAGCAAAUAAUGUCGGUUUCAAAUUCCUUCUCCAAGUUUCACUCCCACUGUGAAAGGUCGUUGUCGUCACAAGAAAAACCAAAGUUAUAUUUAAGAAUUUGUUGUCUUUGUUAAAAGUAAAAAAAAACAGGUCCCUUAUUGGUUGAUAUUACAGCGCUUAUCUAAGAUCUUAUCUAAGGAGGCAUCGUAAUGGGAUUAGAGGAAUUUAACAAACAGAUGAUGAUUUAAGUGUCACUCCACUAUUGCCUUUCCUAGAACAAUCCUGGUUGUAAACUAGUGGUUGAAAUUCAUCAGCUACUGUAAAUUAGAUGCAGGUUUCAGGUGUUCAAGUCUUUCGUCUGAAUUGAACUAUUUUGCCUUUCUAUUAUGAAUAACUGUCAGAAAACAGCAUCAAAAGGGGAUAACAAAAUGCUUCAUGAAUGAGUCUUUGGAAACAGGGACCAUGAAAGCAGUUUGCUUUACUUGGGGAAAUGAUCGCACAUAAUACGGUUAAUAAUAAUAAAAAUAAAAAUAAUAAUAAUAUGGCUAAUUGUCCAACUUUCACUGAAGACUUGACACAAACUCAAAACACUUUGUAACCGCCCACUGUACGGCCUGCUGUGUUUGAUCUUUGUUUUGCUGUUUUCUAUUUAACUGUGAAAAAAAUGCUUUGUCUUUUUGUAAUAUGCUGUCAUAUAAUAGUAUAAUAAUAAAGAACUUAUUGUUUUACUUCUCA